AUGGAAGACAGUUUGGUGGCAACGCGUGCACGAAGAGCCAACGCGGGCUCCAGGCUCAAGCAGCUUAUCGAGCUCGAAGAACAGUCCAAUGACCUCCAGCUUGGGGUAUCGCAGAUCAUAACAGAAGACGAUGAGAACGUCAACCUCUUGUUCCAGGAAGACGAGAACGACGAAGAGUUUGAGGACGAGGAUGUGGACAAUGAGAAUCUCAGAGGCAUAGAUGAAGAGGAUGAGGAUGAGGAGGACGAGGGUGAAGAAGGUGAAGACGGUGAAUCAGAGGAACUGUCCAAGAAAAGGAAGAUAACCGAAGGGCCUGAAGGCGACGACGUGCUUUCAGACUCAGAUCUCUCAGUAUCAGACUCGGACGAGAGUGAAGGGGAAAAGGAACUAGAAAAGCAAGAAAAAAUCAAGAAAAAGGCCCAAAGAAAGAAACUGGCAUUGAUACCUGCCAUCAAAAAAGUAAAAAUUGAUAAUGUACUCAAGAAAUCUAAGCCCAAGGUGAUAGCCUCAGACUCCUUGCUUUUGUCUGUGCGAAGAUCUUCAUCUAGAGCAGCUGUGGUCGAAAACAAGCAAGCGUUGGUGGAAAAGUUACAAGCCAACGAAAAGAGAAGAGCACAAUUGACACCAAUCGUGAGAAUCAAGCAUAAAGAUUUGACACAAGAAGAAAAGUUGGCCGAGGCAGUGGAAACUGAAAAGGCUAAUGUGCUUUCGUUACAAGAAUUUCAAGAGCAAGAGGUGGUAAAGAAAGAAAAGCAGAGACAGCUGCUUUUGCUGAAAAGAAAGAGACUUACCAAUGUGGUAAGGUUGGUGAGCAGAGAAGAUUAUGUGGGACCUGACGACGAGAUUCGUGAAGCAAGAAGAAUCUACGAUUUUAACAAAUCGAAGAAGAGACCAGGUCGUAGGAGAAAAAAUCAGGAAGAAGAUACCACAAGAUACCCCGGCUCGGUAGAUCCUGAAAUUCCUUUAAUGAAACAGGAAUUGGAAAGGCAACGAUUAGAGGAAAAGGAGAGGGAGUUGGCGGAAGGGUCGGGAGACGGCCCAACCGAAAGCCUGACUGCAGAAGGAAAUAAGCAGUCCGGGAUGGGAUUAGUAGAUGGAGAUACUGGAUCAACUACACCAAAUCCAGGCUCUAAUGGUUCACUUGAAAACGUGAAUGGGGUCAAUGCCUCACAACUGAGCCCAAGUAUCAAAAGUGAAGGUACUGAAGAGAAGGUGGAGCCUGUUCCGAUAAACAGAUCGGAGGCAGAAGCUAGAGGUAAUACUUCUUCCGCUCCAUCUCCAAAUGAAAAUGAUGAAAAGACUACUCAGGAUCCGGAGGGUAGCCUGAAUGACAUAAAGAUUGACACAACUCCGCCUGUGCUGGAAGACCUUCCUUCAACCCAAUCCAACAACGUUAGCACCGUCAAUGGAAUCAAUAAUGAGACUCAACAAAAUGCAGAGACUCCAAAUAGUGAGGAAUAUGCUCCACGGACAGUUUCUAAAGAAGGAUCUUCCGAAAUAAAGAUUGCUGAAAGCGAAAACUCUGUGGUAGUCAAACAAGAGCAGGAUGAUAAUUCUGUACAUUCCAAGGUUGAUUUUGAAGACACGAAAAGUAAUUUAAAGCCUGAUACGACCGAAAAAGAGGUUCGCUUUGCAGAUGACAUCAAAGGUUCGCCUUCCGAACAGCCAGAUUCUAAGGACCAUGGCAUAAGAACAUCGAAUCGGACCUUUGAAGGCCCAGAACAAAAGGUGACUAGGAAUAUGGUGUAUUUAUUCGAUUUUGAUGUUGACAAAAGAUUGGAUACCACUGGUAUCAAGUCAUAUAUGUUUGGUCCCGAAUCAUUAUUGCCGGCUUCAAGAAGAUUCAAAGAUUUGAAGACGAUAUUGAGGAUAGGAAAGGUAAUUAACCCGUAUGCUGUUGUCAAGGAAGAAAAGGAUGAGUUGUUUGAGCCAGUAUCAGAACUCACGGAAGAUGAUGCGAUAUUCGACGAUCUCAAGAAGUUGCCCAGAUUAGGAGUAGCACAAGAGAUCAUUGAAGAUGUUAAGGAAGACAGCGAUGGAGAGUCUCAGAAUAUUGUUUUGAAAACAGAAGCCCCAGCAGGAAUCUACUUGCCAAAUGGUAACAGAAAGAGCUGUUUGCUUGCAGGCACUGAGGUUAAAUAUUUCGAUCCCAACAACGGUGUACCAUAUAGCACGGUUGAGACUUACAAGUUGUUGAAGCAGAUUGAGCAGGGACAGGUUCCUUGGCUUUCUCUUGGUCCAGAAAAACAGGGAGGUUAUCCCAUUGAGUUGUACUACGGUGCAAGAGAGGGUAUGAGACACGCAAAGGGUGUGCCUGAGGGCUUUGAGUAG